GGUGCAAAUAAGCCCUCCUAGGUGUAACCCUUAUAGCGUUUACCUCCCCAUUCUCUAUGUUCGUGCAACUAAACCCCUAUACUAAAAAAAAGGGUUCAAAUAAGCCCCUCGCUCUAACGGCCGUCUUCUCACCGUCAGAAAACAUUUUCUUUUUGUUUUAUUUUUUUGUGUGGGGCCCACCAUUUAAUUUAGGCGGGUUUCUUCACCGAACAGAAUACCAACAGUCGCCAUUCAUUCCAAAGCUUUCCAACUCUCUGAAAAACCAUCGAAGGAGAGGAAAAAAGGCUUAUUCGAAGACGACGAUUAAGAAGAAGAAGUGCAACCACAUAUUCGAGGGACUGAAUGCAAUAAAACAAGUAUGGCGCCUCCUGUGAACUUUGUUUUCCAUUUUGGUGGUUUGUGGAAGAAUGUUGAUGAUAAUGGAAAAUUGUUUUAUGAUGGAUAUAAUUCUGUGGAAAUAGAAGAAACAAUAGAGAACAUGUCUUUUGAUCGAGUUCUUCUUGAAUUUGAGAAGUUCUACUCAACACCACCUACCAAAGUAUAUGCCCUAGAUGAGGACCGCCCAUUAGAGCAUGGUCUAGUUCUAUUAAGGAAUUCUAAACACUGUCAUAAAGUAUUUGAUUAUUUUGAACUAGUUGGCCAACAGGAAAUAGAACUAUUUGCUGAACAUGAAUUAGACCCUAUGCCUUCUAUCAAACUGUGGGAUUUGUUUGCGGAUGAGAGUGAGAAUGUAGUGAUUACUGAACCAACUGAGAAUGUAGUGAUUACUGAACCAACUGAGCAUGUAGUGAUUACUGCACCAACUGAGAAUGUAGUGACUAUUGAACCAACUGAGAGGGUUGAAGAAAGGGUACAGUUUAGGGAAACAUUUGAUGAUGUUGGAGAAGGUUUAGAGGGGAUAAAUGAAUUGAACUCUGUUGAUUUAGAAAAUGUUGAUGAGGAAGCAAAUGCUGUAGAGGCAGACAGCCAUAGUGAUUCUAGUGAUUCUAGUGUUUAUAGUGAGGAAUUUUCAGAUAGAGAAGCAGAGGGAACAAGGGUUGAGAGAGUGAUGGGGUCUACUCAGGAUGGUGAAGAGGGUGGCUUUGUUUUAGGUAUGACAUUUGCAGGUGCCAAAGAGUGUAGGGAUGCCAUCCAUGCAUAUGCAGUCAAGUUUGGGUAUAAGAUAAGAUUUAUGAAAAAUGAGCCCAAAAGAAUUUGAGUUGUGUGCUUGGGAGAGGCUGGUUGUCCUUUUGCUAUGUUGGUGUCAAAAGAUGGGGAUGUCCAAGGGUUAGUGGUGAAGACCCUAGUGUCAGAACAUACCUGCAACAAACAGAGUGAGGUGCCUAGUGCAAGUCAAAGUUAUUUAGCAAAUUACUUUAAGGCUGCAGUGUAUAGGAACCCCAAGUUUUCUUAAAAGGAUAUGCAGGGUCAUAUUAAGGAUCAGUUGAAGCUCCAUGUCAGUCUACACAAAUGUAAGAGGGCAAAAAGGGAUAUCAUAAACAAGCUAGAGGGUAGUUACAAGGAUGAAUUCAAUAGGUUGUGUGCAUACAUAGAGAAGGUGAAGGAAGUGAUGUCUGGUUCUAAGAUGGAACUGCAAUUGUCAAGUGACCAAUUACAGAAUGGGAAGAUGGUAUUUAAGAGGUUAUUUGUCAUGUUAGAGCCCCUAAGACUGAACUGGAUGGGGGGGUGCAGGAAGUUGAUAUGUUUAGAUGGCUGCCAUCUCAAGGGAGUUACUUUUGGUUGCCUACUGACAGCAGUUGGAAAAGAUGGCAAUGAUGGGGUAGUCCCUAUUGCAUGGGCUGUGGUUAACAAAGAGAAUAGGAGCAACUGGACAUGGUUCAUGAGGUGGCUGAAACAAGAAUUACAACUGCAAGAAGGGGAUGAAGUUACUUUGAUGUCUGAUAUGCAAAAGGGUUUAAUGGAGGCUGUGAAGGAGGUUUGUCCAUAUGCCGAGCACAGAUGGUGUGCAAGGCAUAUUUACUCCAACUGGAGUAAAAAAUGGAGAGGACAAGAGAUGAAAAAAAGGUUCUGGGUUGCUGCUUGGAGCACAUAUGAAGAGGAGUUUAAGCUGAACAUUGCCAAGCUUCGGUCAAUCAAUCCCAAGGCUGCAGAUGACCUACUCCACUACCCUCCAGCCAACUGAAGCAGGGCUUAUCAAACUACAAGAUGCUCAACACACAUGGUAGACAAUAACUGCCCCGAGUCUUUCAAUUCUAAUAUUAUUGAUGCUAGGCACAAACCUAUUGUUAGUAUGCUAGAAGACAUUAGGUUGAUGUGUAUGAAGAGGGUUACUGAUAGGAAAUCUGCAAUGUUAACUUGGAAGGGUGAAUGGGCUCCAAAUGCAGUUAGGUUUUUUGAGCAAAAUAAAUCUGACUCCAUAGAAUGUCAUGUUGUUUAGAAUGGGGAGUAUGGGUAUGAAGUCAGUGAGGGUGAAGACAGACAUAAUGUCUUUAUAGACACAAAGAAGUGUACCUGCAGGGUUUGGAAACUUACUGGAGUUCCCUGUUGUCAUGUUAUUGCUGCUUUCUAUUAUAGUAACCUUGAUCCAAUGACUGCAAUCAGUAAGUGUUACCAUAAGGAAUUGUAUGCCAAGGCUUAUUGUCAUGUUAUCCAUCCUGUACCUGGAGUAAAGUUCUGGAAUGUGAGGGCAGAAGAUGAAGUAGAACCUCCACCUGUGGAGAUUAAGGUUGGGAGGCCAAAAAAGAACAGGGUGAGAGCUAAACAUGAGCCUAGGCAUCAACACAAGCUUAGUGGAAAGGGAAGCUACAACAUUGUAGCUUGUGUAGAAGUGACAGUCACAAGAAAGAUGCUUGUCCAGAGAAUCCUGCCAAGGCUGACAAGAGCUCACAAGCUUCUUGCUCAUCUAAGCCAAAGAAAAGAGCUCCAUCAGGAAUUAGACUCCAUGUUAACUUGGAGACUGGAAAACAAACAUUACGUUCUGGAAGAUCACAGUCAGUAAUCAUUGAUGAGGGCACACCUAGAGACCAAGAUCCAAAUGUGAGGUUUGCUAUUCCAAGUGAAAGUGAGCUACGGUUGGAAAAAAGAAAGAGAGCUUCUGGCAAGUCAACUGGAGAAAGCUCGAAGGUGAAGAAGACCUCAACUAAGGCUUUCAAGGCUCCAAGAGGCAAGGCAGAAGCUGACCAAGUCCCACCCAUACUAAGAAGAUCACCAAGGGGGAAAAAAGUGGAUUCAACUAUUGGAUCAAGCACAACAAGUUGAAUUCAUUUUUAUUUCUAAAGUUUGUUUGUGUGUUUAAGACAGUUUUUAGAUGAAUAUUUUGGGUUUAACUGUUGGUUGGAACAAAUUUAUGGUUUUUUGAACAAGCUAGGCAGACAUACUUUGACUCCAUGUUUCUGGAUUUUGUUUAAGAGUUAGAUGGUUUUUGUUGGGAAAUUUGCAGACCUAUACAUAAACAAUUUCAGGGAUAUUUGCUUCCA